GGUGAAACUCAAACCAUAAUAUUUUUUAUUUCUAAGCACUCACUUUAGCAAAAUGAGCAUAGGUCCUGGGAUAUUUUCAAAUCUUGGGGAUAAGGCCAAAGAUGUUCUUUACAAGGACUAUGCUGAACAAUCACCAAUUCACUUUCACUACAAAUUCAUGGAUUGGAAUGCAGGCUUCUCUUGUAAAGUUGUAGAAAUUGUACCUGGAGUCAGGACCGUUCUCAAAUGUAACUUACCGGAUUCUGGGAAGGUGGAACUACAAUACUGUAAUAAAUUCACUGGGAUUACCGGACGAAUUGGAUUAUUAGGAAAUGAAGGAGGACAAUAUGACCCUGUUCUAAACUUCUCAGGCCUAUUAGGAACAAGAAUUGUGUCCUUGGGAGCCAAUGUUGCCUUGCACAUACCAUCAAGAUCAAUAACCAAGCUGAAUGCCGGCUUUGGCUUCAACAGUGCCUUCCUUGAAGCUUCAUUGACCUUUCAUGACAGCUUUGACACUUUAAAAGCGACAUUAUAUCACGAAGUGAACCCCCUAACCCAGACUGCCAUUGCAACACAGGUGAAGCAUAGCUUGUCACUCCAGGAAACCGGUGUCACCAUUGGUGUUCAGCAUGCAUUUUUUCCACAAACGUUGUUAAAGGCUCGAUUUGACAGUGCUGGCAAGGCUGGUGCUCUCGUUCAACAAGGGUUUUGGCAGAGAUUUUUUGUAACUAUGGCUGGCGAAUUGGAUUUCGGGGCCGAAGAUAAGACUCCUAAGUUUGGAGUUUCCAUGGCACUAAGACCCUAGCCUAUGCCCAGAAGAUAAGCUUUCAUGUUAAACUGAGAGGUUGUUGGAAGAGGAGACUUUUUAACAAUGACACAAAACUUUGUCAAUAUCCAACAACAGAACUAGUAUUAGAUAUCUAUUUAUCACUUCUACCGGCAAAAGUUUAAAAUGGUUCAUGCUUAUUCAUAUAGAACAUUAGUCUUUGAAAAUAGCUCUAGACUUAUUUUCUUUUCUUAGAUUUACAGGAAGCUUCGCGCUCCUUCCAUCAUCAACUUUGUUUUCGGUAACUCUGUUAUUCAUAAAGGGGAGAGGAAGUUUAUAUUUCUCAGUUAAGAAGAACUCUGAGAAGCAAGCAACCUUCAGAUUCUGAGGGACAAAAUGAAAUGUACCCUCCUCUCAGAUAUUAUCAUUUAUUUAUUAUUGGAGAUGGAGACAGAAGCAAGCAUUUUCUUUUGUUCAAAAA